ACAAACCUCCGCCGAGCAGGAGAAGCAGGACUCCUCCCCAGGUCUCCGUGUGGAGCAGCAGGUGCGCAGACUCACACUCGGCCUCCAUCAGUCUGGAUUCAACGGGCGCAGCUCAAAGUCCUGUCAGGAGGUAACAGAGGGAGGAGGAGGAGAAGUAGCUGACACAGAGGAGAGAGCCAUGCUGUCCCUGAGCUGUGCCGACCCGUGGGCCGAAGGCUCCGUGGGUCUGGAGGAGGAGGUGGUGACUGCGGCGGCUCAGGCUGAGGAGCGGGACGGAGUCAGCGGCACCGACAGCAGCAGCUGCUCCGUCAGUCUGGACGACAGCCUGACCAGCCUGCAGUGGCUGCAGGAGUUCUCCAUCCUCGGCACCAACGUGCCGCAUCACACGCACCACCAGCACCACCUGUUCGGCCACCAGCAGCUGGGCUCUGACGCGCCAGCCUCCCCCCUGGCCGGGGAUCCCGCCUCCAUCGGGAUGCCGCUGACCCCGGGGAAGCCCACGGCGGCGGCCUACAGCAGGAUGCAGCCACUGCCCGGCAUCGUGGCGCACGGACACUGUCCGGACGACGUGGACUACAAAACCAACGCGCACAUCAAGCCACCGUAUUCCUACGCCACCCUCAUCUGCAUGGCCAUGCAGGCCAGCAAGAAGAGCAAGAUCACGCUGUCCUGCAUCUACAAAUGGAUCACCGACAACUUCUGCUACUACCGCCAUGCUGACCCCACCUGGCAGAACUCGAUCCGACACAACCUCUCGCUCAACAAGUGCUUCAUCAAGGUGCCGCGGCAGAAGGAUGAGCCUGGGAAGGGGGGUUUCUGGAAGAUUGACCCGCAGUAUGCUGAGCGCCUCCUGAGUGGUGCCUACAAGAAGAGACGAAUGCCGCCCGUCCAGAUCAACCCGGCCCUGCGGAACAGACUCGGGGUGAACAUGCAGCCUCAGCCCAGAGGGCAGAUCGGGCUUUGCGUCAACCCAGAGUCCCAAAGGCUUCUUCGAGAGUUCGAAGAGGCAACGGGGGCUGAUCAGAAUUGGGACCCCCAUCUGGCUGAGGGGACCAUGCUGGGGUCCUGGCCAGUGGUCAGGGGAAGGAGUGGGCUCAAGAGGAAGCAGGGCUCUAGAAAUGGUGCUGCCAAAGCCCCCCGUCGGUCCAGCUCCCCUCUGCUCUCCAUGGAUGAACAGAAGGAGAUUGGACCUCUGAAGGGAGACUUCGACUGGGACGCCCUUCUGGAUUCUGCCCUCAGCGGGGAGCUCACUUUGGAAGGUGGUGAGCCUCUGAGCCCCAUCAUGAAAGAGGAGGACCUAACAGUGCGGGGAACCCACAUUUCUCCUGUUGAAGCCCCUGCAGGCUCAGCAGAGGCAGAGAGGAGUAACAACAUGUCUGACUUUGAUGAGGAGACCUUCCUUGCCACAGCCUUCCUGGAGAACCCCUGGCCAGAAGAGGAGGCGGAUCAUGGCCGCAGUGAUUUCCUCUGUAGCUCCACCGUCAACUUAGACCAGCUGUUUGGGCUCGAGGACCCAUUAGGUGGGGACCCCAGCAGCAGGAUGGACACCCUCCUUUAAGGAAUAAUUUCCAGGUCGUCUUACAAACUAAGAACGCUUCUCAACACAACCUGGGAAUAAAAUACUCUUUUUUUAUCCUCAUGCAAGCUUAACCGUCCUUUUCAAGAUGUUUAAAGUAUUUUUAGAGAAACAUUUUUACGCAGGUUCAAUGCUGGAAAUAAACACUCAAUGCCUACCGAACAAUGAUGCCACAAUGUACAGCAGCAGUUCAUAUUCCACAGAGAAACUACACUGAAUGUUUUUUUCCUUUUUUUUGUGAAAUGACAGUUUUCAGAGUGAAGGCCUGGACACACCAGAAGGCAGCACGGUAAUUUUAGCGUCAUGUUUCCCUUCGUGUGUUUGUGAGAACACGGGGCCAGGGGUGGACGGUGUUCCUGCUAAACGAGUUUCACAUAAUGAUGUAAACAUUUGUUUAAACUACAUUUCUAGCGGUCAUUAACCCUCACAAGCACUGAUUGCUGCCAUUCAGUAAGCUUCCAGAAGUUGGCCAAUCAUUGAGCUGUUAGGGAGGGUGUAGUUUAAAGAUGCUGGAGCUAAAUGCAAGUAGACUUUAUUUCUAGUCUAAUGUCCAUUCAAACUGAUUCAGACGUUUAUGUUCUUACAUAGAGCUCCUACAGAUAAUGCUAAUAAGUUAGCCAGUCACUAGUCCGCUCAAUCAUAACAGGAAGAUGAGAACCCCCAAAAUAAACUCUCUCAAAACUACACAAAAACACUGACAGUUCGUUAUGUUUUAUACUCGGUUUACCACUACGGAAAAGUGUGGAUUUGGCUGCAUGUGGUCUCUGGCAGUUGAUAUUGUGAAAUUACUUAGAAUAGGAACACAAUGCCACACCACAACCUUGUUGUGCUUGCUUUGGUUGCUAGCAGGUUGCUCUUCCCACCAGCAGUUUGCAUGGAACUUGUCUGCAAACACACGUCAACUACUCACCAAGCGGUAAUGAAACUGUGAGAAGUGCGACGCUAACUGGAAUCAGAGGCCGUAUGGCUUUUCAUUUUGGCGAUAAAGCACAACUUUUAUUUUAUACAAUCCACCGGCAACCAAAACCACUCCAUCUGAUCAGAGAGGUCCACAUUUUCUUUCAGAAAUAAACAGCUAACAGCAUGAAUCCACCAAUCGGCACAAUUUUAUUGGAAUAAAUUGAUCUCUGGUGUGACCAGGCCUUACAGACGACACAACAUGGUCUCUGUUUACAUCACGAAAGUGUUUUAUUGUGAAAAAGGAGAUCAUGUUGCCUGAAAGAUAUUUUCAGUGAACAGUUGAUCAACUAAGACUUUUUUUUAAUUGUUAAAGUGGAAUCAGGAGUAAUGCUACGACAGACUGAUGAUGAGAUUUUUGCCAAAUUAUGUUCUGUGUAGAUGUGAUUUACUCAUUUAGUUUUCUUGUCUUUUUUUGGCGUGGGAUUUUUUUGGUACUAACUCUUUAUUUUCAGAAUGAACUAGCACAACUUUAACAAAUUAUUCAUGUUAGCUUAACUUUUUCCAGAAAAACAGACUGACAUAUAUGGCUUGUAGAAGUAACGGCUUUCUUUCUUCCUUCCUGUGACUUUGUAGCCGGUAGAUAUAAAGAAACGCAGCAGAGGACGCAUCACAGCUUCGCGGUGUAAAAGUUAAAAUAAACACAAAGCAGCCUGAGGCAAAAUUCUCCAACAAAGAAUCAUUAGGAGCUUAAAAUGCACAGUUUAAAGAGGCCACGGUGGCUUGUAAAUGAAUACCUGACCUUCUAUGUGCCAAGAACAACACUUGGGACUCGACGGGGCGGCCGUGCGCGUUUUACUGCAAUGAGGAAAUGUUUUUGUGUUGGUGUGCGAUAAAGUUGGGGACUGCUGGACGUGAACAAAAGAGCUCGCUGGAUUCAGACUAAACCAAAUCACGCUGCAUAAGGACGGGGACAGUCUUUAACUGCUGAGAUGCAGUAACUGUUCUCUAAACAUGUGUGAAAGUGCAAUCAUUGUACAGUGAUAUUUGUUAUAUGUUACAGUCAUUUGUUGGAGUCCAUUCAUGCUGUUUACUUCAGAGAGACCAGGUUCACUGUUUUGUGUAUUCGGAGGUGUGAAUACACUCGAGGGACUCUCAGUAAAACCAGCUAUGGUUGUGUUUUAGCUCGUCUCAAUCAAAUAACACUUUAAACCACAAUAAUGGGAUCUUACCUCAUGAUUGGUUCUAUGCUGAUGUUUAAACGCUCAUGUAUUCUUCUACCUUUUUGUUUUUAUUUUAUUUUUCAACUUUUCUUUGACAAUAAAAAAUGUUUUACUGCA